AUGGUCAAACGAGGCCCAGGAAGGCCGCGUAAGGAUACUAAUUCCAAUCAGGGAACAUCCAAAGGAGCUGAUUCAAAAAGAAGCAGAACAUCAAAUAUUCCGGACUCGGAAGAUGAUGUGCAGGAGUCAAGGCCCAGAAGAAAAUCCGCACGACUUGUUACUUAUAACAAAAGUGACUCCGAUUUCGAAAAUAAUAUGAUGAAAACUAGAAAAGGGACCACGGAGGAACAAAAAAAGCAAGAGAUGAGAACAAAAGAAAGCGAAAGAAUUAUACUGAAGAACAAAGAGAGAUUCUACAUGCAAUGA